AUGCGACCCCUGAGGUACACCAGAUGGUGCAGGGAAAGGCCUAGACAGACCACCAUCACACCUGACGAUCAAAAAGCGUUCCCCUCAAGUAACUCUUCAGCCAUAGGAGCAGCGAGCACAGACCCCAUAACCCUCAAGUUUAGUAGGCUAUGGUUAAUCUUAUCAAAAGCCUUGCUAAAAAUCAAGGUGAUAUGGUGUUUCACCCUGGUAGUUAUAGCUACCAACUGUAGAGCGCAGCCACAGCACCAUGACCAAGAACAGCCAGCACCUCAGCCGCAAGAGGUUGAAAUCAUCAAACAGAUCAAUCGAGUGAACGAUGACGGCUCCUACACCUUCGGAUAUGAGGCUGCGGACGGCAGCUUCAAGAUCGAGACCCGUGACGUAAUGGGGAACGUCAAGGGCAUGUUCGGUUUUAUCGACGAGACAGGAGAACUCAAGCGUGUAUCGUACACGGCGAACAACGGAACAGGUUUAAGGACGAGUGGUGACAUCAACAAUGCAGGUGAUAAACCUGUAGAGUUACCUGGGUACACGACGAUAUCUCCUGCGGAAGAGGGAACGCGAAGACCCUUACUUGUUCUGAGGCACCCUGAUCCCUCGAGAAGGCCGGUGAUACAACAUAUCCCGCGGAGACAACCCUAUCUAGCGGCCUCUUCUACUACUACGCCUUCGUAUGGAGAAUACGUCAAAGGACGCCGAACGCAUAUUGUUCUUCCGAACAGAAGUGAAGACACUACUUCAACUACUCCACAAGUCACUGAAGAGUCUGAAGCAGACGAGCCUACACAGAUUCCACUGCGGAGACUUUCAGUGACCAAAAGACCAUUGGGCAAAGGUGGCAACAACCUACGAAGACAACUGGGAAACGAGCCCGAUGCUCCCUCAGGAGACACUGCUGACGUGUACACCGGAGGGGCAGCCGUCCCGAGGUUCAUCCCUAUCCAAUCAGUGAGGUCUCCACAAUCCCCUUUACUCGCCAACCUACCACCUCACGUCGCGGCGGCCAUCAGACAGCAGCAGUUAGCUCGGGCCGCCGCCGCUCUAAGACCCUACCAGUCACCGGACACUUUACCCACAUCGGCACCCGUUCCUCCUCUCGCCCCUGCUCCCAGAUCUUCAGUAGUCGACGAACAAGAGUAUCCGGUCGUGAGGGGCGGCCGCAACUUCUUACCUCCGGUGAGGGCGCUUUACAGACCCGCAGAGGAAGAUGGUCCUCCUCAGAUACCCUUCCCGAUGGCUAGCCUUAGAUCACUCCGAGAUGAACUCAUGGAUUACAUACUUCAAUACCUCCAGUUUCGAUUGAACGGAGGAAACCCGUACCUUAUGAACCAGUACUUAACACAGUUUCAAAAUCCAAACAUAAAUCCGAAUUUUCCAUACCAAAAUCCUGUAUAUCAAGGCCCUAACCCGUAUAAUCCUUAUUUCUUUCCUAAUCCAGCCUAUUCUAGAGGACCCUUUCCUCCUGUAGGUUUUCCUCCAGCAGGAUACCCUCCUGUGGGAUAUCCAGGACAGAAUUUCCCACAGCCUUUGCCGUUUUCUAGUCCGAACAAACAGCAGGCCGCUCAACAGUACGGGACGAGCCAACGUAGUGCUCCCACCUACGAGCAGUUCAGACCCUCUCAGAGAUUCUACCCGCCUCAGAGGAUCGCCCCGGCGGGCUACGAGACUCAGCGAGUACCCCCUGGCUACGAGCAGGCAGAGACACGCGGCUCUUCAGAUCAGACGACGUACACACUGCCGCCUGCGGACGUGCUGAGGAUGAUGCUGGCCAGAGGAUUACCUGGGGGCCAAACAUCGACUACUGCCACUCCCACCUCCACUACCGCACCCGUGCGUAGCGUGCAGAUCCUGGGGGCGGCUUCCUCCCUAUCUACUUCUACAGUACGACCACCCGCACCUGUAGACGAAAUGGAAAUGCAGGCUUAAGUCCUCGAUUUCCCCACUAGCUUUUGAAUCACUGAAUCGUAACUUAUUUUGCACAUCAUCGACGUAACAUUUUACACAACGUUCUUUUUACAGCAACCUUUCUUUUUAUUUAUCAAGUUGUUUUUAAUCUUCUAGGGAAAUAGUAAUAAUUGUAUAUAACAUUAACCUUUAAAACUUCACCUAUUUGUUCCGAUAACUGCGGGACAUAAACAAACAUAUUUAAAUUUAAUUAACUAUGAAUUAAAUUGAGAAAGUAAAUAUUUGUUCAAACACAAGAGAAUUACUUUCCAAACAAUAUCACAUCUUAUAAAGAUGUACUUUUUGCAACACAUAAGGAAAAUUUAGCCAAAGGCAAUAAUUAUGAAACACUAUUACUUGUUCUAAUCUUUUAAACGACUGAUUCAAGAUUAUUUCAUUAAUUUUCCUUUUUGCGCAUUUUGUCAAUCUUAAGUUCUUUAUUUUGUUAUAAAUCCUUUUCUGCGUUAAAAAUAUUUCAUUCAUAUAACGUAUGAAAGUAUAAUGCUAUAGCUCAGAAUGUUGUAAAGUGGCAUGUUUGAUACAUAUGUAUACCAAAGCUUACACCAUUGAUACUGUAGUUUAUAGCACUAGUUAUUUUCUUACCUUCGUUUCCUAUAUUCUUUCAUACGUUCCUUGUAAGGUAGACU